AUGCUGGAUCCUCGAACCUUCCCUCGCCCACCUGCCUUGCAGCAAAUCAAGAAGACUAUCUUGAUCAAGUUUCCUGGCCCUAAUGGUCAGACCAUUGCUUCCACCGAUCGUGCCUACUGGGUUCUUGAGACAUACCACCCGCCAACCUACUAUCUACCUCCAGCCUCGAUUAAAUUGAACCUGACAUCUACCCCCCGACGCACCUUCUGCGAGUGGAAGGGUGUUGCCAACUACUUCACCUUCAACACACCAUCAGGCGAGGCGGUAGACAGCAGAGCUUGGACAUACAACGAGCCCACUCCAGCGUUCGCCGAUAUCAAGGGCUAUGUCUCAUUCUAUGCCGACCCCCGAUGGGAAUGCUACGUGGAUGGAGAGUUGGUAGAGCCACAACCAGGUGACUUCUAUGGUGGCUGGAUGACUAGCGAUAUUGUUCGCAAGUCUGUUAAAGGCGCACCCGGUACUAGAGGCUGGUAG